AUGAAGGAAACGGACACUAGCCGAGCUGGCCCGGCCCCAGCGAACGGGAAGCGGGCACGGGAAGGAGCCGGACCCGCCCGAGCCGAGCGCAGCCCCACCCGCCCUACCUGCCGCUCGGCGCCGACGUGCGGCGCCCAUCAGCCCCGACCCCAGCCGCCGCAAACCCCGCCCUCGCCCCGGUUACGGCGGGCAACGUUACUGAAGCCCUUGAUGAGAUCUUCUGUCCCAGGAGUUAUCAUCACUCCAUUUGUGGAUAAAAUUCCCAAAGGAUGCAGCAACCCUGACUUUGAGAGGAAGCCUCUCUCCCUGACCCUGCAGGAAGGGAAAACUGCCAUCUUCAGAGGUGUGGUCAAAGGUGUCCCAACCCCUGAGGUGAGAUGGACACGGGGACAAGGAGGGAUGGAUGAUCCUGCCAAAUAUGAAACAUCCUUCAACCAAGUGACAAAGGAAUGCAUUCUGCAGAUAAAGAAGCUCAGCACAGGUGACAGUGACCUGUACCGCUGCGUGGCUGCCAACGAGUAUGGGGAAGCUUCCUGCUCUGUUGGCCUCAGGAUCAUACAAGCUGCCUUUAAGAGGAAGGCAACAUAUCGUACUGUGCACCCUGCUGAUGAAUUAAAGAAGACACUGCAGGACUCCAGGAAGAUGCUGAGGAAGAGGGCCCCAGCUCAGAAACCCAAACCCCUGGACAAAGAAGCUAUCUGGCAGCUGCUGCUGCACGCAGACAGGAGAGACUAUGAGAAAAUCUGCCUCAAGUAUGGCAUUGGCGACUUCCGAGGGAUGCUGAGGAAGCUGCAGGAGAUGAGGAAGAGCGCAGAGAGCGAGCAAGAAGAGUUAAUAAGCAGCAUCAGGAACUUUGAGCACAUCAAAGUCAACAAGGAUGGAAAAGCUACCUUCAGUCUGGAGAUGGAGCUGAAGAACAGCAACAGCAAAGUUUAUCUGCUGAAGGAUGGUGAGAGGCUGAGGUAUGGCACAGGGGAUGAGUACAGGAAGCACUGCCUGAGGCAAGUCGGGAAGAGAUACAACUUCAUCAUCCAUGAUGUACAGCCAGAAGAUGCAGGCUUGUACCAAGUCAGAGUGGAGGAUGUGCCUGUGUUCUCCACCGAGCUGGAUGCUGAAUCCAUCCCUGUGAGCUUCAAGCGGCCGCUCAGUGACCUGCGCUGCCCGGAGGAGGGAGACGCUGCCUUUGAGUGCACCCUGCGCAUCCCCUGCCACGAUGCUGUGUGGCUGCACAAAAGCCACCAGCUGGAGCCCAGUGAGAAGCACCAGAUCUCUGUGAGCCCAGAUGGGCUGACCCACAGGCUGCUCAUCAGGAGCCUGGGGCCCUCUGACAACGGCAUCUACACGCUCAGCACCGGGCACUGCUCCUCCAGCGCCUGGCUCCUCGUGGAGUCUGCAGGGGAUAUGAAUGGGGCAAACCUGAACGGAGAAGGACAUGCAGGGACUCUUGGCAAGGCUGGCCUGGCACUGCCUGGCACUGCUCAGCUAGGUCAGGCAGGAAGGUCUGCUCUGCUCUAUGGCCCAGGUGGUCUUCCAGCUGGAGAUGGAGCUGUUCCUGGUGUGGGUGGCACAGGCUCCACAGGGCAGAUGGAGGCUCUCUAUGGUCCUGAUGGUCAGCCAGUUGGAGCAGGUGGUGGAGGUGCUGGUGUAGCUGGGGCAUGGGCAGCUGGAGCUCCCUAUGGAAAGGAUGGGCUCCUAACUGGAGCUGGGGCUGGUGGUGCUGGUGCAGGAGGAGCUGGGUCUCCAUAUGGAAAGGAUGGGCUCCUAACUGGAGUUGGGGCUGCUGGUGCUGGUGUAGCUGGUGCAGGAGGAGUUGGGUCACCCUAUGGAAAGGAUGGGUUCCUAACUGGAGCUGGUGUUGGUGGUGCUGGUGUAGCUGGGGCAGGAGGAGUUGGGUCACCAUAUGGAAAGGAUGGGUUCCUAACUGGAGCUGGUAUUGGUGCUGGUGGCGCUGGUGCAGGAGGAGUUGGGUCUCCCUAUGGAAAAGAUGGACUUCUCCCAGAUGGAGCUGGUGCUGGUGGUGCUGGUAUGGGUGGUGUAGGGGGAGUUGGAUCUCUUUAUGGAAGGGAUGGGUUCCCAACUGGAGGGGGAUUUGGUGGUGCUGGUGUAGGGGCAGUUGGGUCUCCCUAUGGAAAAGAUGGGCUUCUCCCAGCUGGAGCUGGUGUUGGUGGAGCAAGUGCUGGUGGAGCAGGUGCUGGUGGUGCUGGUGUUGGUGGUGCUGGUGUUGGUGGAGCAGGGGCAGUUUGGUCUCCCUAUGGAAAGGAUGGUGUCCCAACUGGAGCUGGUGUUGGUGGUGCUGGUGCAGGGGGAGUUGGGUCUCCAUAUGGCAAGGAUAGGCUUCUCCAAACUGGAGCAGGUGUUGGUGGAGCUGCAAUUGAUGGGUUUGGAGGUGUUGAAUUUCCUUAUGGAAAGGAUGGGCUGCCAGCUGGAGCUGGUAUUGGUGGUGCUGGUGGUGCUGGUGCAGGGGGAGUUGGGUUUCCCUAUGGAAAGGAUGGGCUGCCAGCUGGAGCUGGUGGCGCUGGAGCUGGAGGUGCUGGUGCAGGAGGAUUUGGGUCAGCCUAUGGGAAGGAUGGGCUCCCAGUUGGAGCUGGUGGUGCUGGUGCAGGAGGAUUUGGGUCAGCCUAUGGGAAGGAUGGUCUCCCAGUUGGAGCUGGUGGUGCUGGUGCAGGAGGAUUUGGGUCAGCCUAUGGAAAGGAUGGGUUGCCAGCUGGAGCUGGUGGUGCUGGGGGUGUUGGUGCUGGUGUGGGAGGAAUAGGAUCUCCUUAUGGGAAGGAUGGUGUCCCAAGUGGAGCUGGUGUCGGUGGUGCUGGUGCAGGAGGGUUUGGGUCAGUCUAUGGCAAGGAAGGGCUGCCAGCUGGAGCUGGUGCUGCUGGUGCUGGUGGUGGUGGUAGUGGUGCAGGGGGAGUUGGGUCUCCCUAUGGAAAGGAUGGGCUCCCAGUUGGAGCUGGUGCUGGUGGUGCUGGCUUGGGAGGAAUAGGAUCUCCUUAUGGGAAGGAUGGUGUUCCAAGUGGAACUGGUGUCAGUGGUGCUGGUGGUGCUGGUGCAGGAGGACUUGGGUCAGCCUAUGGCAAGGAAGGGCUGCCAGCUGGAGCUGGUGCUGCUGGUGCUGGUGCAGGGGGAGUUGGAUUUCCCUAUGGAAAGGAUGGGCUCCCAGUUGGAGCUGGUGGUGCUGGCGCAGGGGGAAUUGGAUCUCCCUAUGGGAAGGAUGGGCUCCCAGUUGGAGCUGGUGGUGCUGGUGCUGGUGCUGCUGGUGUAGGAGGAGUUGGAUCUCCCUAUGGAAAGGAUGGGGUCCCAGUUGGAGCUGGUGGUGCUGGUGCUGGUGGUGCUGGUGCAGGAGGAGUUGGAUUUCCCUAUGGAAAGGAUGGGCUCCCAGUUGGAGCUGGUGCUGCUGGUGGUGCUGGUGCUGGUGCAGGAGGAGUUGGAUUUCCCUAUGGAAAGGAUGGGCUCCCAGUUGGAGCUGGUGCUGCUGGUGGUGCUGGUGCUGGUGCAGGAGGAGUUGGAUUUCCCUAUGGAAAGGAUGGGCUCCCAGCUGGAGCUGGUGGUGCUGGUGGUGCUGGUGCAGGAGGAGUUGGAUUUCCCUAUGGAAAGGAUGGGCUCCCAGCUGGAGCUGGUGGUGCUGGUGCUGGUGGUGCUGGUGUAGGAGGAGUUGGGUUUCCCUAUGGAAAGGAUGGGCUCCCAGCUGGAGCUGGUGGUGCUGGUGCUGGUGGUGCUGGUGCAGGAGGAGUUGGAUUUCCCUAUGGAAAGGAUGGGCUCCCAGUUGGAGCUGGUGCUGCUGGUGGUGCUGGUGCUGGUGCAGGAGGAGUUGGAUUUCCCUAUGGAAAGGAUGGGCUCCCAGUUGGAGCUGGUGGUGCUGGUGCUGGUGCAGGAGGAGUUGGAUUUCCCUAUGGAAAGGAUGGGCUCCCAGCUGGAGCUGGUGGUGCUGGUGGUGCUGGUGCUGGUGCAGGAGGAGUUGGAUUUCCCUAUGGAAAGGAUGGGCUCCCAGCUGGAGCUGGUGGUGCUGGUGCUGGUGGUGCUGGUGCAGGAGGAGUUGGAUUUCCCUAUGGAAAGGAUGGGCUCCCAGCUGGAGCUGGUGGUGCUGGUGCUGGUGGUGCUGGUGCAGGAGGAGUUGGAUUUCCCUAUGGAAAGGAUGGGCUCCCAGCUGGAGCUGGUGGUGCUGGUGCUGGUGGUGCUGGUGCAGGAGGAGUUGGAUUUCCCUAUGGAAAGGAUGGGCUCCCAGCUGGAGCUGGUGCUGCUGGUGCUGGUGGUGCUGGUGCAGGAGGAGUUGGAUUUCCCUAUGGAAAGGAUGGGCUCCCAGCUGGAGCUGGUGGUGCUGGUGCUGGUGGUGCUGGUGCAGGAGGAGUUGGAUUUCCCUAUGGAAAGGAUGGGCUCCCAGCUGGAGCUGGUGGUGCUGGUGGUGCUGGUGCUGGUGCAGGAGGAGUUGGAUUUCCCUAUGGAAAGGAUGGGCUCCCAGCUGGAGCUGGUGCUGCUGGUGCUGGUGCAGGGGGAAUUGGUAAAGAUGGUCUUCCAUUGGGAAUGGGAGGUGGAGCUGGUGCUGGUGCAGAUGGCUUUGGGCCUGGGUCUGCAUAUGGAAAGGAUGGUGUCCCAGCUGGGCCUGGUGCUGGUGCAGGAACAGUAGGGUUUCCCUAUGCAAGGGAUGGUGUUCCAGCUGGUGCUGGUGGUGCUGGUGCUGAGGGUGUUGGUGCAGGAGCAGUAGGGUCUCCCUAUGGAAUGGAUGGUGUCCCAGCUGGUGGUGCUGGUGCUGGGGGUGUUGGUGCAGGAGCAGUAGGGUCUCCCUAUGGAAUGGAUGGUGUCCCAGCUGGUGCUGGUGGUGCUGGUGCUGGGGGUGUUGGUGCAGGAGCAGUAGGGUCUCCCUAUGGAAUGGAUGGUGUCCCAGCUGGUGCUGGUGGUGCUGGUGCAGGAGCAGUAGGGUCUCCCUAUGGAAGGGAUGGUGUCCCAGCUGGUGCUGGUGGUGCUGGUGCAGGAGGAAUAGGAUCUCCCUAUGGAAAGGAUGGAGUUCCAAGUGGGGCUGUGGCAGGAGCUGGUGGUUUGCCUUUUGGAGGAGAAGGAGCUGUGGGAGCUCCCCAUGGCAGGGACACUGUGCUGAGCAGAGCCCCAGGGUACAGAGGUGGAGCAGCAGGGGAUGGCUUCUCCUCUGAAGGUGGUAGUGCUGGAGGCUCUGCAGGGCAGGGUGCUGGGUCUCUGUACGGCAAGGACAGAGGCACAGCUGGAGCCAGGGCUGGUGAGGGUGGAGCUGGCAGGCUCCAUGGGAAGGGAGGUGCAGGAGGUGCACCAGGUGGGGAACGUGGGCUGGGUCCACAUCCUGGGGAGCCUGCAGGAGGGGACAGUGGAAAGGGCCUCAGGGGAUCAGGGAGCAAAGGUUCAUCUGGUGGCAGAGAGGCACUUCCAGGUCAAGGAGAUGCCAAGGGUGAGGGCAGGGAUUUAGGACAGUCAGGCUCCCUGCAUGGCAAAAGCUCUGCCUUUGGAGGGACAGGGAGCAAACCCCAGAGCAGGUCUGGCUGGGGGAAGAAUUCAGGUUGGUUUGGUCAAGGUCCAUUGAGUGCUGGUCAGAUGCCAGACCUUUAUGGGGGACCUCCUUCAAUAAACCAGAAAAAGCUGGAACCUGACCUUGAUAUAGAAGCAAAGGAUUUCUUCAAGGACGUGGAGACUGUGGAAAAGAGGAGAUUUCACCACCUGGAUGAUCUGAAAGCGCUGCGCUGCUACAUCAACAAGCAGCUGGUGAACGUCAGCGUCCUGAAGGGGGAAGCAGCAGAGCUCUCCUGCACUGUCAGCAAAGAGGAUGUCACAGGCACCUGGUUCAAGGAUGGGCUCAAGUUAACCAGCAUGGAUGGAGUCACCUUUGAAAAGAAAGGUCUAGUGCACAAGCUCAAGAUCAACAAAGCCCAGGACAUUCAUGCUGGGAAGUACAGGUUUCAAGGUGGAGAUAUAAAAACUGAAGCUUACAUUUUUGUGGAAGAUCCUCCACAGGUGGACAACGUUCUCCUGAAGAACCUAACCACUGUUCCCACUGUGGCCAAGGCUGGGCAGAGUGUGAAGAUCAAGAUCCCCUUUGAGGGUCGUCUGCCCAUCAGAGCAUCCUGGCUGAAGGACAAGAUGGAGCUGGCAGAUGACACCAGGAUCCGCCUGGACACGACAGACACCUUCACCAUGCUGUCCCUCUCCAGCUGUGAGAGGAAAGACUGUGGGGACUACAAAGUCAGGCUGAAGAAUGACAGUGGGGUCCUGGAGAUCAACUUAAAGCUCCUGGUAGUAGACAAGCCCCAGCCACCUGAAGGCCCUCUGAAGGUGGUGGAGAGCUCUGCAGACAGCAUCACCAUUGAGUGGAAGCCCCCCAGGGACGAUGGGGGCAAACCCCUGCAGCGCUACCUGGUGGAGAGGCAGCAGGCAGGCAAGAACGAGUGGGUGGCCUUGGGGGAAACCCCCAGGACCUCCACCACCUUCACCACCACCAAAGUGGAAGAAGACAUGAGCUACUACUUCAGGGUGAGAGCUGUGAGUGCUGAGGGAGUCAGCGAGGCCCUGGAGUCAGAGGAAGUGAAGGCAGUUGGGAAAGCUUCACCUGGUGCCCCAGAUCCCCCUGAGAUUGUCUGUGCCACCCAGGACAGCAUCACAAUAGCCUGGAGAGCUCCUCGUGAGGCUGGCAGCUCCAGGAUCGUGGGGUACAUGGUUCAGAAACGUAAGAAGGGAACCAUCACCUGGCUGCCAGUCAACACUGGGCCUGUGGCAGACAAGAAGAUGAAAGUGCCCAAGCUGAAGAAGGGUCUGCAGUAUGAAUUCCGGGUGGCAGCUGUCAAUGCUGCUGGCCUGGGGGAUGCCAGCAACCCCUCCCAGCCAGCCUGCACUCGGGAUGCCACCAAAUCUCCAGGCCAAGUGCAGGACCUCAGGGUGAGCAGCAGUGACAGCAGCAGCGUCACCUUGACAUGGAAGAGACCUGAAGGGACAGAUGGGAACGAUGUGAAGGGCUAUGAGGUGGAGAUGAGGUCUUCUAAGAACCUCAGCUGGACCAAAUGCAAUGGUCUGCCCAUAGAGAUGACCACCUACACAGUCAAAGGCCUCCAAGCCAACAAGACCUACUUCCUACGUGUGAGAGCCCUCGGUGACAGUGGCCCAGGAGAAGCUGUGGAGCUUGAGGCUUGUGUUGGAGAUGCCUCCCCUGUAGUUCCUCCCAGGCUGCUGAUUGAUGGCACAGUGAAGAGCACCCUGGUUGUAAGAGCAGGGAACACCAUCAGGGUGAAGAUUCCCUUUGAGGGAUCUCCAGAGCCAGUGGUGACCUGGCUAAAGGAUGGGCUUCCUCUUCCCAAGAGGGCUGCCAUCAACACCCAGGAUGGCACCACCCAGCUGCUGGUUGGAGCAGCAGAGUUCUGGGACAGUGGAACCUACACUGUGGAGCUGCAGAAUGCAUUGGGGAAAAGAGAAACCUUCAGCUUCCAAGUCCAAGUCAGAGAUAUCCCACAGCCUCCUGGGCCUCUUCAGCUGGCAGAGAAUGUGCCAGACACUGUGACAGUCACCUGGGAGCCAUCACCAUCUGAGAAAUGGGAGAGAAAUCUCUUCUACACAGUCCUGAAAAGGGAGUCAGAGAAGGGCCUGUGGCAGGUGGUGGGGGACCUGAUCUACACCAACAAGUUCACCUUCACCAAGCUGAUCCCACGCAGGGAUUACUACUUCAGAGUUGUGGCCAAAAAUGAGCUGGGAGUCAGUGGCCCCUCUGAAACUGUGCAGCCCUGGAGGAUUCGAAGACCAAAGGCUCAGUUUGAAUUCAAAGCACACAGCUACAGGGGAGUUAACCCAAACCAGCCCCCCAGGAUCCUCGUCCCCCUGAAGCCUCACGUGGUGCAGACCGGCAGCGAGUGCCGCAUGAGCUGUGCAGUUGGAGGCCACCCCUCUCCCAAGGUGACCUGGUACAAGGACAGCAGAGACCUCUCCAAUGACCCUGCCUAUUUCUGCACCAAUGAUUUUGGGGUCUGCUCCCUGGUGGUGCUGGGAGUCUCCAAGCAGGACGAAGGGGAGUACAUGGUGGAAGCCACCAACGCCUUGGGCCGUGCCUUCAGCAGAGCCUUCCUCACUAUCAAAGACUCCACCCUGUAGCCUGACCCUCCUGAGAACAUCUCUG